AUGUUGCACAGUCGCAAGAAAGACAAGGAAAGCGAUGAGGCUAAUAGAGCAACAACGUCAAACGCUCACAAUUAUGUCCCGAAUUUUAAUGACUUGGAAGAUUCAGAAUUGGAUGAAAUAAUAAAGAAAAUAUUGAUGGAUAACAUUAAACAAAAAAAUGUUGAGGAAACAAUGCAGGCUCUAGAUCGACGAAUGAAAAUUCAUUUGUGUCAACAACAAUAUCGUCUUCAACGAGAUGAUUUUGGAAAACAGGAGGGUCCCUCUUUCUACUGUGAACGAAUGAAAAAAGCGCUUGAAUCAAAAGAUGAUUUUAAAGAAUUGUUGCAAAGCUUGGGAGUUAUUUUGAGUACUCAAAAUUAUCCUUGGGUUGAAGAGUUUGGAAGAGAAGGAGGUUUUCAACUUUUAGUUUCAAUGAUGUCCAAAUUAUUGGUCAAAAUUGAACGUUUAAAAAGUGAAACAGAUUUGGGUACUACUGCUGCAGAUGAUUAUGUUUUUUGUUUGAAUAAAAUAUUGGAAAUAUCUAGAGCUUGUCUUAAUUGUGAUGUUGGUAUUCAUUUCCUUCUUCGCCCAAAUUCUCGUCUUUGCAGUAAAAUGAUUGAAGCGCUCUAUGUGGCUAUUGACUUAAAAUCUGAAAGAUCACACAACAUCCCUAGCGACGUAAUAAAACCUGAAAAACCACACAAUCUGCCGAUAUGUGAUCAAUUAAUUGUGUCGAUUUUAACACUUUUGGCAGUAAUUUCUUUUAUGGGAAAAGAUGAUGGAUUUGGACAAUCUGAAAUAUCAGGAAAUUCUCUUCUUAUAAAAGACAUGACAACAGUUGCAGAAAAGAAAAAUUUCAAUUCUCGUUUUGCUUGUAUUGUUAGAUGUUUACAUUUUAAAGAUAAACAAAUUACGUACAAAGCUUUGGUUUUUAUCAACACUUUAUUGUCAUGUAUUGAUGACAAUGAUUGGAGUGUUCGUAUGUUGUGGAGAAAUGAAUUGAUGUCUGCGGGAUUGAAACCUUUACUUCCGGUAAUUUUUAUUAAAUUAUUUUUGGGUUUUAUCAUAGUUUUUAGGAAAAUCCGCAAGUUUUGUCCGCAACUUUUUUGCGGAUUUUUUCAAAAAAAAUUUUUUUUGUAUCGUCUGCAAAUUUUAUCCGCAAUUUUCAAUUGCGAAUUUUUUCAAAAAAAUUUUUUAAUUAAUUAA